GCCGGACUGAGCGGAAGCCGUUUGUGGGGUUAGAGAAAGGUCUGGGAGGCCGGCAAGAGUCCUGACAGAUGAGGGUUGAGGGACUGCCACUCUUCGGGAGCGCCUAGCUUCCGGAGACUGGGGACGUGAUCAACUCCGCGCCAGCCGAGAGGGGAACGCCUGGUCAUUAGAGUGGGAUUGGGCUGGUCGCUGAAGCUUGUUUUCUUAGCCCAGGCAAAGUUUUACAUUUUAAUACGCUGUUCUUACAAUGGCUUCCAUUCACAGAGUGCUGACUGGUACUUAUAUUCAUAGAAGUUUCCUGAGACCCAGGGCUGCAUUACCUCCAUUUGUGGGUAAUCACUUUGUAGACUAUUCUUCCAGUAGUCUUCAGAAAAAAGUGGCUUCUGCUGAUAGAGUCUCCCAGCAGGGAAAGACUGAAGAGGGCUUACAAGGACAUGACCGCAAAGAAGUUGCUUUGGAUGUACCUUCUCCUGACAGCACGCCUGAAGUUAGUUUUGAUAAAGCAAUUAGAGAUGAAGCAAUGGAACAUUUUAGACGUUUGAAGGAUGAAAUUGUGGCUCAUUUGAGAGGUCCAGAUGGCCGCCCACUGGAAGAGGUCAUAAUGGAACAGGCCAGGGUGGUCUGGCAGUUUCGUGAAAAAGAAGAUUUGGAUAAGUGGAUAGUGACUUCUGAUAAGACAAUUGGAGGUCGAAGUGAAGUCUUCUUGAAAAUGAGCAAGAACAACCGCAGUGCCCUGCUUUACGGGACUCUGAGCUCCGAGGCGCCUCAGGACGGGAACAGCAACCAAAGUGGCUACUGCGCGAUGAUCUCCAGGAUUCCAAGGGGUGCUUUUGAGAGGAAGCUGUCUUAUGAUUGGUCUCAGUUCAAUACUCUGUAUCUCCGAGUCCGUGGGGAUGGACGGCCUUGGAUGGUGAAUAUCAAGCAAGACACGGAGUUUAUCCAGAGAAAAAAUCAGAUGUACAGUUACUUCAUGUUCACCCGUGGGGGCCCCUACUGGCAGGAUGUCAAGAUUCCUUUCUCCAAAUUUUUCUUUUCAAAUCAAGGAAGGAUACGAGAUGUCCAGGGCCCACUUGUAUUGGACAAGAUCUCUUCUAUAGGACUCACUCUGUCUGAUAAGGUGGAUGGACCAUUCUUCCUGGAAAUAGAUUUCAUUGGCGUGUUUACUGAUCCAGCCCAUACAGAAGAAUUUGCUUAUGAGAAUUCUCCAGCUCUUAACCCAAGACUCUUCAAAUAGAGAACUGGACUUAGAGCAGUGAGCACAAAGCAGAUGGAGCCUGUCUACCCAGCCACCCCACUGCAGUACUUACCCAAGGCGGUCAUGCUGCAGGGUUCUCCCUGUCCAAUUACACUAGUGCAGGGGAGGCCUGUGCUUGGACAGGGAAAAGGAAGGCAGAGCUUGGGAGAGACAAACAGGUCUCUGGAGGAGAGAGGAGGAGAAUGGAGGCGGAAGUGGGGUUAUCAAAAGGUUAGAAUAAUUGGGUGAAAGCUUUAUCAUUAUCAAUUGGCUCUGAAAUUAUCUAUUGGCAACUUGUAAAUUGUGAUUUUAUUGAUACAUAAAUUUAAUUAGUUAACUAUUAAGUUUUCUGAGUCUUGAUUCUACUGGGUAAUUAGGUGUUGAGGUGUCUGACACUGGAUUGUGUGGGGCAUUGCAUGGUAGUAGAGGAACUGGGGGCCCGUGAGGUCGGAGGGUUGGCUGAUGUUGGAGGGUGCUUGAGCGAGAUCGCCUAGCGUGUGCCCCAUCAGUUGCUGGCAGCAGGGCGGGAAUGUGCUGCACCAUUGUUUAGUAUUUCCCAUAACACAGUAAGUACAGCAUGGCCUCUCAGUGGCAUCAUCUGUAAGUUCUUUUGAGUGCUUAUGUAAAGCUAACAUAGAAGGAAGUGCAUUGAAAAUAAAAAUAAAGCCUUUCUGUCUACCA